AUGACUUCCAACAAAGCUCAAUCCCCUAGAAGGGGGCGACCUUUGCCCAACAUUGAUCAGAGCAACCCUCCGUCCAAGACGAACAGCACUCAGACUCGCACAUUGUCCGGCAGCACAGCUCGGAACGGCUCGACUGUGCGUGACAAGGGAAUCGCCAGCGAACGAUCUCCGCUUCUGUCUCCGAGCAGCGACGAAGAUGGUUUCACCGACGGUAACACGGUCAUGGGGGAGCAGGACGACUUGCAGCAGACAAAGAGCGUGUGGUACCUUAUCCUCCUGACCAUCAGCAUUGGCGGUCUGCAGAUCGCAUGGUCCGUCGAGCUGUCUAAUGGAUCACCUUAUUUGCUCUCUCUUGGCCUCAGCAAGUCGUUGAUGGCCUUGGUGUGGAUUGCAGGUCCGCUUACCGGUACGUUGGUUCAGCCCUAUGUCGGCAUGCUGAGCGACAACUGCCGACUGCCGUGGGGAAAGCGGAAACCAUUUAUGGUCGGCGGGGCCAUCGCAACCAUGGUGUCGCUGAUGUUCUUGGCUUGGACGAGGGAAAUUGUCGGCGGCUUCUUGGGGAUUUUUGGAGCCGAUCCGGAGUCCCAGGGAGUCAAGACCGCCAUUAUUUGCGUCGCCGUGGUCGGCAUCUAUGUACUCGAUUUCGCCAUCAACACCGUGCAGGCCGCCAUUCGAGCCUUCAUCGUGGACUGCGCACCUGCUCACCAACAGGAGGCAGCCAAUGCCAUGGCAAGUCGCAUUACCGGUUUCGGCAACAUUGUCGGAUAUAUCGCGGGCUACAUCGAUUUGCCCAAAUACGUCUGGUUUUUGGGUGACACCCAGUUCAAGGUGCUCUGCGCCAUUGCCAGCAUCGCCUUGGCGUCGACCAUCCUGGUAAGCACAACAUUUAUCCACGAACGGGACCCCCGACUCGAGGGCCCGCCGGCGCAGAGCAAGGCUGGCGUCCUUCCAUUCUUUGGGAAGAUCUUUACCUCCAUCAAGCGUCUGCCGCCUCAGGUUAUGAGAGUCUGCCAGGUUCAAUUCUGCGCUUGGGUUGGCUUCUUCCCCUUGCUAUUCUAUACCUCUUCGUACAUUGGCGAGAUCUACGUUGAGCCCUUCCUAGAGAAGAACCCGCACAUGGCUCCGGAAGAGCUCGACAAGCUGUACGAACAGGCAACGAGAGUCGGAACGUUUGCUCUCCUCAUCAACUCUAUUGUCAGCUUGGCCACAAACGUCUUCCUGCCCUUCUUUAUCGCUCCUACCUAUGACAGCCACCCCGUCCUCUGCGACGUGCCGGGGGAGACGGAUGCUGCUCCGAAGGACUUCGACAGCGAGAAGCCAUCUUUCCUAGAUCGUCUGCAGAUUCCAGGCUUCACGCUCAAGAGAGCUUGGUUCAUGUCGCUGUGGCUCUUCGCAGGUGCCAUGUUCUGCACCGUCAUCGUGCGCACAGUCGAAGCAGCGACAGCAUUGAUUGGCCUAGUCGGCAUUACUUGGGCCAUGACUCUGUGGGCUCCGUGGGCCAUUAUCAGCGCAGAGAUCAGCCGCCGAGACGCGGUACUGCGUGCCAGACAACGACACUUGAGCCCAAGCAGGCGCUCAGAUGGCCCAGCUUCCCCGUCCCUGGACUCCAUUGCCGACUCCGACCGAUCUGUUCUCAGCGAGGGCGAGGAGACCGACCAGGCGGGCGUCAUCCUCGGCAUCCACAACAUGGCUAUCGCCGCGCCGCAGAUCAUCGCCACUGUCGGCUCCAGCAUCAUCUUCAAGAUCUGGCAGAAGCCCCGCGGCACUCCCGGCGACCACUCCAUGGCCAUCGUUCUGGCCCUGGGAGGUAUUGCCGUGCUUGUCUCGUCCUUUUUUGUGGCGGCUAUCAAGGAAAGCUCAUCCUUGCCCGCGGACGCCAUGGUCGCUGCAGAGGAGGGCGAUUCCACCGGUGGAGGCAGUCGCCCAGGAACGGGCCAUGUCCGCAACAAGAGCUACGAGCAGCUCCCGCGCGUCAGCAUCAAGCGCGCGACACUCACGAGAAACAAGAGUUUUGGUGGUGCCGAGUACUAA